CUGACUUGACGCCGGCUCCUCUCCACCUCCUGUCCGUGCAGUCUACAGCUAACGGUUUAUGACGUGGCAUUUACCUGAGCUUUCACCACUGCAAACAGCUGAGAGGAGCUGCAUCACAUCCACCUGUAGACUGCUGUUAGUGAGGUAUCACAGCUGUAUUAUUAACUCAGGGUAUCUGCAGGUUUUGGAAAGUCUUCAGACCCCUGAGAGGAAGAAACAGAUGAACGGUCAGGGCAGUAACACCACUCCAAUGAGGGUGCUGGUGACAGGAGGGUCCGGCUUGGUGGGCAGGGCCAUACAGCAUGUGGUCAAAGAGGAGACGGGAGCCAAGGAGGGGGAGGAAUGGAUAUUCCUCUCCUCUAAAGAUGCCAACCUCAUGAACAUGGAGGAGACUCGGGCGGUGUUUGAGAAACAUCGGCCGACCCACGUCAUCCACCUGGCUGCUAUGGUCGGAGGGCUUUUCAAGAACAUGAAGUACAACCUGGACUUUUGGAGGAACAACAUCUACAUCAACGAUAACGUGCUGCAGGCAGCACAUGAAGUGGGCGCUGUCAAGGUGGUGUCAUGCCUAUCUACCUGCAUCUUUCCAGAUAAAACCACCUACCCUAUCGAUGAGACGAUGAUCCAUAAUGGUCCACCUCAUGAGUCAAACUUUGGCUACGCCUAUGCAAAGAGAAUGAUUGACGUUCAUAACAGGGCGUAUUUCCAGCAGCAUGGGCGCUGCUACACAGCUGUGAUUCCCACUAAUGUGUUUGGUCCUCACGACAACUUCAGCAUUGAGGAUGGUCAUGUGCUGCCAGGCCUCAUCCACAAAGCUUACAUAGCUCAAAAGGAGGGGAAGCCUCUGAUGGUCUGGGGCUCCGGCACUCCCAGACGACAGUUCAUUUACUCUUUGGACUUGGCUCGUCUCUUCCUGUGGGUCCUGCGAGAGUACCCAGAGGUCGAUCCCAUCAUUCUCUCAGUUGGAGAGGAAGACGAAGUGUCCAUCAAAGAGGCAGCAGAUGCAGUGGUCCAGGCCUUAGGCUUUAAAGGAGAAGUCGUGUACAAUACCAGUAAAGCAGAUGGACAAUUCAAAAAGACGGCCAGCAACGCAAAGCUGCGCCACUACCUGCCAGACUUCACCUUCACACCCUUCAAACAAGCUUUAAAGGAAACCUGCGACUGGUUUGUUGCCAAUUAUGACGCCGCCCGCAAGUGAAAACUCGGCUUAACAAGUCGACACAAAGUCAGUCGAUCCAUGACCCGCGCUGAAGGAGGACGAGAUGAAGAGUGGAGGUGGUGGAGAUGAUGAGUGGGCUGGAAGAAAACAAGGUGGUUCAUCUGUACAUGCACACACCUGUUACUGAAUGAACUUUGAUCCUGUCACUCAUGUCUUUGGACUCAGUGAGCUCACCUUAAAUUCUAUUGUUAUCUAUUGUAGUCAUAGGCAUCGUAUUCUACUACCUGUAUGUAGAAUUUUUAUUCACUAUGGUAGUGUUAAAUCAUUAAACAUUUAAUUUACGUCUUCAAUCUUGGAAUCCAGGUGCUGGCACAGUUUAGUUUCAGUAAUUGUCAAAUCUAGUUAAACUUUUUUCAGCAGUACCAAGUUGUAUUUCUGAAGUCCCUUCAUUAUUGAAGGGUUUGGGAUUUAAAUCUAAACGACCUGGCCCUGAUUCACUUUAUUUAAUGACCAGAAUGGAGAUUAUGGUACAUGCUGUUAAACUGGUGCCUUGGAUGUUGGGUUUUUUUUUUACUCAGUGUGUUGGCACUGAGCAAAAUAAAUGUUUUAUACCAAUCAUA